CUACACACUUCCCGUUUACUCCCAUCAUACUGUCCCCGGCCAAUUGUACCAAACCUCCGACAUGACUUCGCGCGAGCAGCCAAGCCGCAAGCGACCUCGUUCAGAAGACGCUUCGCUCAAAAAUUCACUAUCAGACUCAGAGCGGGAGACACAUGAAGACUUGAUAUUCAUACGUCCUAUGAGACCUCUUUCCGUGGAGCCCGAUCGCGAUGACAAGUUCUGGUACAAAGACGGGAACGUCGUUCUCGUGGCAGGCAAUGUUGCCUUCCGAGUCUAUCGGGGCUUACUCGCCUCGCAGUCAACUGUGUUGGACGAUCUAUGCUCAGCCGAUCCUGCCUGGCACGUCGAUGGUUGUCCCGUCGUGCAUAUGUCAGACAGGGCGGAGGAAGUGCGAUCUCUAUUGUCCGUUCUUAUCAACGGGAAGACCUACAUCACAAAGCGCGAGGUCAGCUUCGAGGACCUCGCAAUCUGGAUCCGCCUCGCACAUAAAUACCGCAUCGCGGACCUUUUGGAGAACUCGCUCCGUCGGCCCUCGUUGCAGUCGCCACACCACUCGAUCACAGCGGUCAAUUUGGCCCGCCUUACCGAGACCAGUUCCAUUCUUCCGCUCGCUCUAUAUGAUUGCUGCCAACUCCCUGUCGAGACGCUUCUCAACGGGCACACAUAUCCUGGUGGUCGGGUGGAGAAGUUGAGUGCCGACGAUGUUCAGAGAUGCAUACAAGCCUUGUCCGUCCUCGGUGUUCAGCGAACGCUGGCCAUCGUCAAAUCCAUGGAUUUGUCGGCAUGCGGGUACUCGUGUCGCUUCGAAUGCGCCGAUCAUGUCAGUGCGAUCAAGACGGAGCUUCUCGAGGACUUGAAGAGCCCAGGUUGCCGCCACCCGCUUUGCUCCUGGGCUCGUUUCAUGGGGCAGUACAACAGGGAUAUGACAUCCAAUGUCAAAAACUCGGCGCAUCCCAUGUGUCCCAGGUGCAUCAAGACGGUGAUACAGAGUCACGGGCAGGUAUUGCUGGAAUGUUGGAAGAAUCUACCGGAACUACUGGGCAUCGAGGUUGAAGGCUGGGCCACUGCUCAGGACGCUUGAUGGGAGGUGUGUAUAGGUUUAGACUCGAGGUAGAUGAUGCGUUGUAUUUGCUUGCGACCUCGAGCACUGUGAAGAACAUCAAUGUAUUGUAGAGAACAUCAUUAAAUCCUCCAUUGUGGCCAC